CUCCCCGACUGCCACCAAGAGCUGCUGUGGCCACUGCCUCUUUCUGCAGGACCAGCGCCUCACAAAGCCUGUACGAUGUGUAACCGAUUUGUGGGAACCUGGAAACUCAUCUCCAGCGAAAAUUUUGAUGAUUAUAUGAAAGAAUUGGGAGUGGGUUUAGCUACCCGGAAACUGGGUGGCCUGGCAAGGCCUGAUGUGAUCAUCAGUAUGAAAGGGGACAUAGUGACCAUCAGAACUGAAAGCACCUUCAAAAAUACAGCCAUCUCUUUCAAACUGGGCCAGCAGUUUGACGAAACAACAGCAGAUGACCGGAAAGUCAAGAGUGUUGUAACCUUGGAGAAAGGGUCAUUGGUGCAAGUGCAGAAGUGGAAUGGCAAAGAAACCACGAUAAAGAGAAGACUUGUUGAUGGGAAGAUGGUGGUGGAAUAUGCCAUGAAAGGGGUUGUCUGCACUAGAGUUUAUGAAAGAGUGUGAAGAAGUUUCCUCUCUGCACCGGACUGGAACUGGCUCUAAAACCUUGGCUUAGUUCAGUGACCAAAGCCUCAUGCACUGUGCUUCUUUAUUUUAUUUCCUUUUAUAGGGAAAAUGAUUGCACCAUAAUUUGAUAUUUCAGAGCCAUAGUGUAACUAAUCCAAAAUAUUGUGGUGAUCCAAUAAAAGCUUCUCAACACAGAAAA